UCCCACGACAUCACCCACCGCCACCAUGCCUCACAAACACAAGCGAAAAGCCGAGCACGAUGCGAACAAUUUCGACCUUCCCCCCUCUGUCCGCGCCGCACCUCUCCCCGUAGGCAAAGUCCGCACGACACCCGCGCAAAAGUCAAAGAAGCGCAAAACAACGCACGUCCAAGGUUACGGCACUGAUGACACGCCCAAAGCCUUUGCGCGCCUCAUGGCCUUUUCCGCGAAUCCAAAGCGCCGCUCCGGCCUCGACGACGGCAAGAAGUCCAAGAAACCCAAAUCCACGCCCAAACCCACACAGGCCGGCGCUGCCGCAGACACAGAACAGAAACCCGCGCCAAACAGCGAGGCACAGCCCGACGUCGCAGCGCCCGCGCUGAAAAUCAUGCCCGGAGAAAGCCUAUCUGAUUUCCGGCAGCGCGUCAACCAGGCGCUGCCGCUGAGCGGGAUCAGCAAGAGCGGCAAGAAAACGCCGGGCCUCGGCGACCACAGAGUCACGAAGCACGAGCGGCAUCUCAAGCGGCUGCAGGAGGGGUGGCGCAAGGAAGAAGCGCGGAUCCGCGAGAAGGAAAUGGAGGCCGCUGAGCUCGCCGAGGAGGAGCAGGACGAGCUGGAUGCCAUGUGGGAGGACAAGACGCAAGACUUGGACGGGCUGACCGCCGGGGCGGGCGGGAAGAAGAAGAAGGCUAGUAAGAGGGGAAAGAAGAGGCGUGUGGUGGGCGAGGUGAAUGACAAGGAGGAGGACGAGUGGGAGGCGCUGCGGCGGAAGCGGGAGGAGGGCGACGGGAAGCGCAAGGGGCUGCACGAUGUGGUGCAGGAGCCGCCGAGUUUUACAAAGGUGCCGAGGGAGAUUUUCAAGGUUAAGGGCGGCGCGAAGGUGAACGUGGGGAAUGUGCCGAAUAGUGCAGGGAGCUUGAGGAAGAGGGAGGAGCUGGGCGAGGAGAGGCAGGGGAUCAUUGAGACGUAUCGGAGGUUGAUGGCGCAGAAGCGGGGGGAGCAGCAGGCCGAGUAGAGAGGGUAGAGGUAUUAGGGUUUCGCAGACG